CGCUCCGCACCUGUCCCCGUGGAGGCGCCCCGUGGGUAGGCGGAGCGGGCCUGUCGCUCAGCGCCGGCGGGAGAUGCGAAGGGGCUGAGCGGGAAGGCAGCAGCGCUUCCUCGGCUCUGCCUCACCGCCCGGCUCUCCUUCCUCCUCCGGCCUCCUCAGCUCCCCGCCGGCUCUGCCUCCAGCCCUCCCUCCCGAGGAUUCCCUGCGCCAUGUCCUUCCGCCACAGGAGCCCGCACGGCAGCACCAAGAGCAGCCCGCAGCACCCCCCGCGCUGGGCCCAGGCGCGGAAACGCGGCGCCGAUGGGAAGCGGCGGAGGCAGAACGAGCCCGAGUCCUCCGUGUUUGAGGAGAACAAGGCCAGGCCUGAGGACAGCCGGCUGGACAGUUUUACAACACCAGAAGGUCCUGGACCCCUUCCCAGGUGUUUAGACUGGGGAACUGCAGUGGAAGAAGAUGAAAUGAGGACCAAUGUUCACAAAGAAAUUGCAAGACACAGAAGAAAACUCCUGAUAAAUGAAUUUUCAAGAGAAAGGAAGUCCUCCUCAGGAAGUUCUGAUUCAAAGGAGUCCACGGUGGCAGUAGAACUCGAGACAGAUGAGGUGGUUUUGAUGAGAAGACAAAAACAGAUAAACUAUGGAAAAAACACAAUUGCAUAUGAUAGAUACAUUAAAGAAGUUCCUAGAUGCCAUCGUAUCCCAGGAGUUCAUCCCAGAACUCCAAACAAAUUCAAGAAGUACAGCCGAAGGUCGUGGGACCAGCAGAUCAAACUGUGGAAGGUUGCACUGCAUUCCUGGGAUCCUCCAACUGAAGGAGGAUGUGAUCUGCAGGAAAUUUGUCCUGUUGACCUUGGUGAGAUGGAGACAGAAUCUGUUGGAAGCAAUUCUACUGAGUCUCAAACGAGCUGUCAAGAUAAUGAUGAUACCUGUUCUGGCACUCCCACCAAAGUUAGACAUGUUGACUAUCAAGCAGAAGGAGAAUUUGAUUUGGAAGUGUGUUUGAGUGAGCCACUGAAAGAAUUUGAUACUGUGAGUUAAAUAGUCCUGUGCAAGCUGUUUUAGGGAAAGUUUCUCUUAAAUUUGAGAGGUUAGCUUGAUCCAUAAACUGUUCAUAGUAAGAAAGCUUAAGAAAAGUUGAAGACUGUUCUCAAAGCUGUGAUUGGUCUAGGUAUUCUCCAGACCAAACUUAUGUAAAAUUGCAAUUAAGUUGUGUGACUUCUUGUUAACUUUUAAUUUAUGUAUAUCAGAUUUUUUUAUAAAACUUCUCAAUAGUAAAACUAGCCAAUGGCAGUGCUAUCCUCUAGUAAUUAUAAAUAGCACAGCAAGAUCUUAUCAAUUUCCCCCACUCCCUCCCCUACUCUGAACAUGAUUUUAGUUGUCCACCUGCAGAUCAAGAGCCAAGUUGGGGUGGUUUUUUUAUGUUUCCUUGUUUUUACAAAUGGCUCUUGUAACACCCCUGACCUGGAGUAAGGCACGUGGUGCUGUGCAUGUGGCUGAUUAGUACGAGUAAGCCCAUCUACUGCAGUCACUGUAAGUUUAACUACCUUACCUUAAAAAACCACUUUUUGCAAAAAUUUUUCAGAAACAAUUGGAAGUUUAAUACCAUCAAGAAAUUGAAAGUCAACAUGGCAAAGUCUAUGCAAUAAUGUUGGGGUUUUUUUAGAAGUAGUAGCCUUAACUUGAAAUUUGUAAAUAGUCAUGAGUCAUUUAUUCAUGCAGUCAAGAAAACAAUGUCUAGGGAAAGUGCUUGAUUCUUUCAGUUUUCUGGUUUUAAAUGUAAAACUGUUGUAAAUGUUACCAACUGUACAGAUUUUCUGCUGAGAGCAGUUCGUGUUUUUAUUGCUUUUGCGUGGGAUGUUGCUGGAAAAUAAACAGAACUGCCUUUACUUUUA